AUGCUGUUUCCUCCUCUUCCUGCAAUGUUCAACCAGUCACGACAUAGUAGUAAUGGAGAAGACUAUCAUGGGUCGUCUUCCGGCAGCCCGUCGUCUUCACUCUCUUCUCCAAAUGAGUUCAAAGAUGAGCCACUUGGACUCGAUAUCAAUUUCGGAAGCUCUCUUUUCAAUGCACCGUUCAGUCCAUCAGCCACAUCGUCGCACAGUCCAUCUUUCGGAAUGAUGAACAGUGGUCACUCAAUGGCUCCGCAGCAGCACUCUCCGCUUCCAUCAGUCGCCCAUUUUUCGCACACCCAUCACAACCAUCUUCAUCAUCAUGUGAUCCAGCACCAUUCUCAGCAAAACCUGCAAAUGGGCAUGAACCCAGUGUUCCCCAAGCAUGAACCCAGUUAUCACAGUCCCCAAUACGUCUCAAGUGUUCCGCAUAAUUUCCUAUUCAAGGAUGCAGGCAUCUACGAGGGAAUGGCUACGGAUGGUGAUGAAGGCGAUGGAGCUGAAGGUAGCAAAGACUUGAUGGAUGUUGAUGAUUUGUUAUUGUGUGGCAUGGGAUUGGCUGCUGCUCAACAGCAGUUGAAAGCAAGAAAUAAGAUGCACGAAAUGGCACUUCGACAACAACUCAUCUCUGAUCAGAACAUGUCAUCAAACGGUGAUCUGAUGUUGUCAGCUGAAGAGCGGAGAACUCUUGUCCAGGAAGGAUAUCCGAUCCCAACGAAGUAUCCUCUGUCCAAAAGUGAAGAAGAGUCGCUGAAAAUUGUUCGGCGCAAGAUCAAGAAUAAGCUUUCCGCCCAAGAAUCUCGCCGAAAGCGGAAAGAGUACAUUGAUGCCCUCGAAAGUCGUUUGCACUGUUUCAGUGAAGAAAACAAGGCUCUCAAACAACAAGUCCACCAACUCGAAGCUUCCAACCGAGACCUUCAGCAGAAGUUGCACCAGUACGAAAGCAAAGAUAAACUCUAG